ACAGUCAGCAGCAUCUUUAGAAAAACAGUCGUCCAUGUCAUCCUGUGACACAGCGUGGAUCCUCCCACUAGGGAUGCGGUCUAUUUAUACAGCGUGCAGCAUCCCGAGCCUUCUAGAGAUACGCGAAUCUGACAAAACAGAGAAUCUGAAGAUUUUUCGUUUGGAGUGCCAGCUCUAAUUCUGGCUGCCAUUAUGCCUCUGUUGGAAGAAAGUUCUGUGCCGAGGGACUGUACUCGAACUGUGCCGGUAGUCAUCAUUGUCUCUCCCAUUUCCCCCUCACAGGUAACGGUCCUUCCGGUAUAUGCUUGUCAUACCUUCUGAGUGGGUAUACUCCUUAUUUAGAUCCAAUGGCUGUGCACCCAAACCCUAUCCUCUUUCGUAAACUACAGGAAGCCAAGCAGCUUCCCAUCACUGAACAGGAUUUGGAGUUUCUUUGCGAAGGUUUAGAGGGCCGUUCAGGAAACCCUGUGGCGGUGCUCUUCGACACACUCCUUCAUCCAAAUGCAGAUUUGGGCUUUGAGUUCCCCUCUGUACUGCAGUGGAGGCUGGAAAAGAAACAUCACAUUCCUCAUCUGGUCUUGGGAAAAGCUACACCUGGUGGUGCCUGGCAUGCAAUGGAAGGUUCGAUGCUGACCAUUAGUCUUGGUAUAUGGAUGGAGUUACCAGGAGUCAACUAUAGAGAUUUGACCUCGGGCAAAAGGAGGUCGGUGUCCAAUGAUCGAGCCACUCCAGAUGAGAUCUCUUCAUACUACAAAAAUUAUGUCAAGCUCAUGGGUCUCCAGAAAAACUUUGUGGACAAUACCUAUGUCACCUCUGUUCAAAAACUUCACCGCAGUCAUGAAAAAAGUCUUGGGAAUGAAAAGAACACUGUAAAUGGUCAGCUGAAUGGUGUGAAAAACGGGUUUGAUUAUUGCAAUAAGAACAGCACUGAAAAUGGUCAGAAUGGACUGGUAAAUGGGUUUAGCAAUGAGUUACAAAACGGAAUGGAGAAUAGCAGUAGAAGUGGUGAUAUUGGGGAGGAGGAUGAAGAUAAAAGAGGCAAAGAAAGAGUGAGAGAGAGUAUUGGGGUUUCCCAAGGACUUUCACAGGGACUCUGGGAGGUCAGGGGCUAUCAGCAGCUUCAAGGUGACACUCAUGUCCCGUUUAGCUUAUUUGCUGAGAAUGUUGUCUUAGCAACAGGGGCAUCUGACUCUCCAGAUCGACUGGGAGUAGAGGGGGAGGAUCUCCCUUAUGUGUUCCACAGUGUACGUGACCUUGGGGUGGCUGUCAGCUGUCACAGCAAACUUGGCUCUUCCUCUGACCCUGUGCUGGUAGUGGGGGCGGGGCUUAGCGCAGCCGAUGCAGUGCUGUGUGCCCUGAACCAUAGGGUCUCUGUGUUGCAUGCAUUCCGUAAGCGUGCUGAUGACCCAGGUCUCAUCUUCAAACAGUUGCCAAAGACACUUUACCCUGAAUAUCACAGGGUCUACCACAUGAUGUGUUCCAAAGUUUACCCAGCAUCCCCUGUUGCCAAUCCCACAGCUCCUAGUCCAUCUUUGUUCCCCGACUACACCAGCUUCCCUGAGCACUGUGUGCUCUCCUUCCAGCCUGACAUGCACUGUGUGAUGAGGGGAUCCAGUGGUGUCCUUAGAGUCUUCAAAGUCUCAAUGGUGCUAGUUCUUAUCGGGACCUAUCCCAACUUGUUUUUCUUGAAGGAGCAAGGGCAGUACCUUGGUUUGGAUCCCAGUAGGCCAAUCUCUUGCAGACAGAAUCCCAUCGACAUAAACCCUUACACCUUCGAGUGCAACGCUGAGCCUGGGCUCUUUGCCAUGGGACCCCUUGUUGGUGACAACUUUGUACGUUUCUUAAAGGGUGGCGCUCUUGGCAUUGCUAGCUGUUUGCGCAAGAGGCUGAAACAGAGGAUUGAGAAGAACAGGAAAUUGAUCACCGAGGAAGGAGGGUGUGGAGGUCGGGGAAGAGAAGAAAGUGGGGGCGGAGGAGGAGGAUUUGUCUAAGGCUCCAAGAGAAGGUGCCUCAUGACAAAAGUCCUGGAAUACAUCUCAUUUUUAUAUGUAUGCAGUGAAUACUAAUGAAACUACAACUUUUCUACAACUUACAAGAGGAAGUACACUUACAGGGGCAUGCGAAAAUUUGGGAACCCCUUGCAGAAUCUGUGAAAAUGUGAA